UGAACGUUCACAAGAGCUGCAAGUCUCUGCUUGGUGACUGCACCAGCAGCAAGAAUAAGAGAGAUUCGCUACCGAGGACUGGGUCAUCGGGAUCUCCUAACUUUGCACUAAAAGACCGGGACAGAGAGCGGGAGCAGUCGGGCUCAGCCUCAUCGCAGGCCCUGGAUGGCCACUCAGGGUUUCUCAGCACCCCAGGCAUGACCAUUAGUCUGUGGGGACCUAGCACUCAGUCGACUGCCGCCCAUACCACCAGUUCCACCGCAGCCUCUGCCUCCAGCCUUGGCCAUAGCCUCCGUCACCACAAUAGCUCAGGGUCCCUCCCCGGGGAGAUGGAUGAGAACGAUGCUCUCCGCUCCAAACGCUGCAACGAAGAUGCCAUUUCCCUCGCUCCCUCCACCACUGAGUCCCUCGUCAUUGUCGAAGAUGCUCACUAUGCAGCCGUGCGGGCUGAUCUGGAGUCUGAUGCCCAGGAUCUGGAGGCAGAGUCGUGGAGUUCGGCAGUUGACCAGCAUUAUGUUAAGACGUACUCCAAAGAAAUGGUGAAGAGACAGGAUGUCAUAUAUGAGCUGAUGCAGACGGAGAUGCACCAUGUGCGAACACUGAAGAUAAUGCUGCGCGUGUACGUCCGGGAGCUAAAGGAGAACCUCCAGAUGGACUCGGGCAGGCUGGACUGUCUGUUCCCCCGCUUGGAAAACCUUCUCGAGCUUCACACACAUUUCCUGUCUCGUCUCAAAGAGCGGAGGCGAGAAAACCUUGUGUUGCCCAGCGACAGGAACUACACUAUCAACAGGGUGGCAGACAUUCUUAUCACGCAGUUCUCGGGUGAAAUAGGAGAGAGGAUGAAGGACAGUUAUGGAGUUUUCUGCAGUCACCACACUGAGGCUGUCAGUUACUACAAAGAGCAGCUGCAAAACAACAAAAAGUUCCAAAACAUCAUACGGAAAAUCAACAACCUGUCCAUUGUGCGGAGAUUAGGUGUGACUGAGUGUAUUCUGUUGGUGACACAGCGCAUUACCAAGUACCCAGUACUAGUGGAGCGCAUUCUGCACAACACUGAAGCGGGUACAGAGGAGCAUGAGGAUCUGACUCGGGCGCUGGGCCUGAUCAAAGACACCAUCGUUCAGGUUGACGCGCUUGUUAAUCUCCACGAGAAGAACUCUCGACUCCGAGACAUACACAACAAGAUGGAGCCAAAGGCGCUGGGAAAAAUCAAAGAUGGCAGAGUGUUCCGCAGGGAGGACCUGGCACAGGGCAGGAGACGGCUGCUGCACGAGGGCACAGUCAACUGGAAAGCUGCUUCUGGCCGGCUGAAAGAUAUUCUUGCAGUGCUCCUGUCAGACGUGUUGCUGUUGAUUCAAGAGAAGGAUCAGAGAUAUGUAUUUGCUACAGUGGAUAACAAGCCGUCAGUGAUCUCUCUUCAGAAGCUGAUUGUCAGGGAAGUGGCCCAUGAGGAGAAAGCCAUGUUUCUCAUCUGUGCUUCCUCCAAUGAGCCAGAAAUGUACGAGAUCCACACCACCUCCAAGGAGGAGCGGAACAGUUGGAUGGCACACAUACGGCAAGCUGUUGAGAGUUGUCCUCAUACAGAAGAGAGGCUGUUCAGCGAGGAGGAAGAGACACGAGCUUUCAGGUUCAAAGAAUUUCAAGAACGGCUGAGCCAGAAGGAUGCAAUGGUUGUCCAGGCUCUCACUGAGAAGCUGCAGCUGUUUGCGGACAUGGCGGAGUCUGUGGCAGGUCUAGAGGACAAAGCAUCACAUUCCAGACUUUUGCUUCGAGGAGACGCCUCAGACCUCCAGCAGGGGGAGGCCCUGCUCAAAGGAGCAAUCACUGAGGUGGAGAACCUCCAGAACCUACUGCAGUCCGGAGUGAGGGAGGAGGCUCCGAUGCCACGGCUGGAGGAAGGGUGCGGCUCUGGGAUUCUGCCCAGGAGAGCGGAUACCUUUGGGGGCUAUGACAGCAGCCCCACCAUCCUCAGUAAGAAUGGCAGUGUGAAGAAGAACUUUUCUGCUGAGUCCAGAAACAGAAGCCAGAGAGCCAGCUCUGACCCUCAGCUCAAAGACCUCUGUGGCAGCCACACCCUGGAGCAGACGGUUGAUGAGAGCUGCUGCUCUCCUGCCAGAUGGAACCACAUCUGGUCUGGCUCCUUCCCCGAGGCUGAGUUCUUUGACAGAGUGCUGAUGCUCUCCCAAAGGCUCUAUAGUCUGCAGGUAAUACUAUCCCAUCCAGUGUUUAUGAAAAUGGCCAUCAUAUCACAGCAGGACAGUCAGAUUGAGCUCCAACGGGCCUCAUUGACAGAGCGGGCCUCCCUGCCCGGCCGCCACAGAGGGAACGUGCUCCUGGAGCAGGAGAAACAGCGCACUCUGGCCCUGCAGAGAGAAGAGCUGGCCAGCUUCCACAAGCUGCAGUCUCAGCACCGGCAGGAGCAGCAGCGCUGGGAGAGGGAGAGGGAGAGGCACCGCCAGCAAGUCGAGGCUACAGAGGCCAGGCUCCGACAGAGGGAGGAGGAGUGCAGACGGCUGGAGGAGCAACUGGCAGAAGAGAGGAAGGAGCUGGAGAGUCAGAGGGAGACGUACCAGCAGGACCUGGAGAGGCUGAGAGAGUCCACCAGAGCUGUGGAGAAAGAAAAGGAACGCCUGGAACACCAGAAGAAGAUCAAACGGAAGACUAUUGAG